AUUGAAGAGCUUCUGAAGGAGGUGACAUUGAAGGAGAUGAAGAUUGAUGCCUUCCUCCAUGAAAUUAACAGCCUGCUGAGUGCCAUCCCAGAGACAUCAGAAACUGAACUCACCGACCAGGCCUGGCUUCCCAAGGGCAUGAAGGUCCCAUUCCUGCAGGUGCCGUUCAGUGUGAAGGGGAGGUUCUGUUUCCUGCCCCCAGCCAAGCUGAAGGUGGUGGGCAGCUACCUGCUGGGCACCUGCGUUAAGCCGGAGAUCAACGCGGAUGUGGUGGUGACCAUGGUGCGGGAAAUCUUCCAGGACAAAGAUAACCUGAACCAGCACUACCACUGGAAGAGCGCUCUGUCCCUGGCCCACAUUGCCCAGCACUUCUCCAAGGAGAAGCUCUUCGGCAGCGUGAAGUUUGCCUACGUGAACAGCAACCAUCUCAAGCCCAUCCUGCUCCUGAGGCCUCAAGGCAAGGAUGAGAAGAUGGUCACCGUCUGACUCCAUGCCUGUCCUGUCCCAGGUCUCUUCAAACCCAGCCGCUUCUAUCCCAGCAAGAACAACAUCCAGACAGCCUGGUUCAUGGAGCAGAGCACCCCCAAAGAAGGAGCCAACGAGCCCCCGACCCUGCACUACAACAACUCAAUCCUCUGCAACACGGUGCUGCUGUCCCACCUGCACUUCUUGUCUAGCACAGCCACCGACUUCCCGGGUGCGAAGGAUGGCCUGGCCCUUCUCAAAGUUUGGCUGAACCAGCGGCAGCUCAGCAAAGGCUUGGGGUGCUUCAGCGGCUUCUUGGUCUCCAUGCUGGUUGCCUACCUGCUGAUGAAACGCAAGAUCAUCAGGAUGAUGAGUGGGUACCAGGUGCUGAGGAGCACCCUGCAGUUCCUGGCCACCGCUGACCUGAGUGUGACAGGGAUCAGCCUAGCAAAGGAUGUGGAUGCCUCUCUGCCUGUCCUGGAUGACUUCCACCAUGUGUUUGAAGUGGUCUUUGUGGAUCUCUGUACUGAUAUGACUGCCAGCAAAUACCACCAGGUCCAGUUCGAAGCCAAGCGCUCCAUGGAAAUUUUGGAUGAUCGGAUGGUGGAUGGCUUUCAGGUGCUGCUCAUGACUGCAAAGCCUGUGCUCAGAGCCUUUGACCAUGUCUUCCACCUGAAGCAUGUCUCCAAGCUGCAGGGUGCCUGCAAGAAGAUGCAGCUGCUGAAUGAGCUGAUGGAUCGUGGUGGGAACUAUGUGGCCGCAGCCCUUCCCUUUGUUGUCUUGCUGCUGGCCUGUGGGCUGGCCAGGAGAGCGCUGCUCAUGACUCACUCCUUGCCCCAGAUCCCUGAGUGGCUGAUUGACACUGAGCCCCCAAAACACAAGGAUGUUGGGCCCCUGAGGUUUGGGCUCCUGUUUCAUAGAACCAUAGAAUGCUUUGGGAUGGAAGGGACCUUUAAAGGUCAUCUAGUCCAUCCCCCGCAGGCGCUGGACUUUCGGACCUUCUGGGGGGAGAAAUCAGAGCCGUGGCAGUUCCAGGAUGGCAGCAUCUGUGAGGCAGUGGUGUGGGAGGCUGACACCAUUUGCCAGAAAUGCCUCAUUCCUGAGCAGAUCGUCAGGCACCUGCUGAAGCUCCACACGGACAUUCCCAAAUCCUCCAUCUGCUCCACUGGAUCCCUGCUGGAGUCUGGGACUCCAGUGUUGGGGGUGGGCGAGGAGGCUGUGGUUGGUGUUGUCUGCUCCUACGAUGACCUGAGCCGCAAGAUGUGGAACCUGAAGGGGGUGCUGCUGCCGGUGAUGGCUGUGCAGGGCAUCCAUCCAGCCCUCCGGUACACAGAU